AUGGCGGAGAUGGAGAUGGCCGCCGGCGCAAACCAUGUGAACGGCUCCGCGGCCACAAUGUCCACAACAAACCCCUACGAAACAAACCCUGAUCACAUUCCCAGAGAUGACCCGUUUCUUUCCCAGAGCCCGCAGUAUGGUCGCUACACACCCCGCGCCGACGAUUUCACCCCUCGCUUCAUGAACUGGUAUCAGUCUGACCCGGCUGUGAACUCGUUCUGGGAGAAGGUCGCGCAGAAAUACUGUACCCCGGAAUACUCACUCAAUAUCUCAGGGCCGAGGGAGGCAUUCGCGGCUGGGAGUAUAAUUAUUCGGGUUGACCGCGAACUGGCCGAUGGAGCGGCGGCUGAGAGAUACUCGUCUGCGAAUGAACUGUCAGCCGCGCAGAAGGCAGAGGACUCGCUCAGAGAGAUUGGAGUGGCAGUGCCAGUGAUAUGUUUUUGCGGGACGAUUGAGGGGAGGAAUGUGACAAUCGAGUCUCGCAUUGCGGGCGUUUCGCUGGAAGUUGCGUGGAGAUAUCUUGACACGGAACAGAUUGAGGUUCUGAAAAACCAGUGUCGCCAGAUCCUCCAGCGGCUCGGAACGAUCGAUUCCCCCCCAGACGAACCGUCCUAUGUAUGCCGUGAACUCAAUUCCCAAAUUCCACCCUCCGUCGAGCCUCGCGAACGAGAUAUCCUAUUCACAGACAAAACCAAGGAGGAGGAAUUAUCUUUGACACACAAUAACUUCAUUCCGAGCAAUGUCAUUGUCCAGGAUAAUCGGGUGGUGGGGAUUGCUGGUUGGCGACAAUGUGGAUAUUUCGGCACCGUCAGAGCGAAGAAGGUCCACCGACUCUUCAGGGAUCUUGGGCCUGCGCCUCAAAAUGGCGUGGCCAGUUCCGAGAAGAGUGUGACUUGGACCGACCUCUACGAUGGUGCCUACGACCCCAGUAAGGGCAUUCCGCUGGUCGCUAACCAAGAUACACCCUUACCCUCAGUCAAAACCGAACCAACAAGCUCUACCCUCGAUAAAUUCCCGGCUAGCGACGACUUGGACACAAAUUCAUUAGGUCUCGAUGGCACGGGCGACUUCGCGACCUCCAAAACAGUGGCGAACCUCAAGCAUGGGCUGACAUCAAGGGCAUCAUCAUCCGACCGGUCCUCCCCGGCAAAUUCCGUCAAAACAGCAAACAAAAAGCCCGCAAGCACUGCUAAAAAGGGAACUGCAAAGAAACCUGCCGCCAAGAAGCGCAAGACGAAUGAUCCAGAGGUAGACAGCGUUGACGGGCGACGUUCCAACACACCGGUUUCUAGGGCCAGCAAAACACCCGCCAAGAAGCAAAAUUCUGUCUCGAUAGCAGGGUCUCCACCUCCAGAGGAGAAGAAAAAGCCAUCGAAGAAGAAGAAGAAAGGGCCCAAACAAGCUACUACCCAGGAAAACGACGACUCUGACAGCUUUGACGAAAACGCGAUCUUUUGUAUUUGCCGCCGGCCUGAUAAUCAUACAUGGAUGAUCGCGUGCGAUGGCGACUGUGAUGACUGGUACCAUGGGAAAUGCGUCAAUAUCGAUCCUCGAGAUGCGGAUCUGAUCGAGCGGUAUAUCUGCCCGAAUUGCGCAAGUGAAGGAAAGGGAUGCACAACAUGGAAACCGAUGUGCCGCCUGGUCGAGUGCCGGAAACCGGCGCGCGCCAAAACAAAGCCCCCGAGUAAAUACUGCUGCGAUGACCACGGCCGGGAAUUCAUGCGUCAACAGACACAACAGCUUAAACAGCGUGCCGGUCAGACGAAUGGUCUUUUCGAAGACCUGGGUAGCAUGGGUGGCAUCCUUACGGCUGGAGACCUGAAAGCCGCCAUCAUGGGGGUGACAUCCACACAAGAAUUCCGCAAGCUCGGAGAUCGCAUCAUCUCCCCGCCACCACAGGUAGAAGAGAACGAAACCGCCGGGCCUGGAAUCAAGACCGAAUCAAAGCCGCAGAGCGGCAGAUGGUUGGCAGUCGACGUCCAUGAUGUUGCCAUGGAAUAUUCACACGACGAGAUUGCCAAGAUCGAAAAGCUGCGCAAGCAGCGCGAGGAACUCCUUCAUCGCAAGGAGAUGCUUGCUGCACGCACGACGUUCGUAUCCCUUCUCAAGCCACGCGCCAAGGGCAUAGUAGAGAAACUAAAGCAGCACGAGCCGAAGGGCGGAUGGAAAGAUAUCUGUGGCUUUGACUCUCGGCUUUCGUGGUCUGACGAAGAAUUCGAUGAAUGGCGACUCUCCGGUGCUGGAAAGAAAGCUCUCGCGGAGGGAACCGCUGAAGCUUUAGCUGUGGGGUCCUCGGCUAGUACUGAUGCCGACGGGGACACGGCGAUGAACGGCGAUAGCGAUGACGAUAUUACAUUCUGGACGCGUGGCGUCUGCACUAAGAAGCGGUGCGAGAGACAUAAGCAGUGGGUUAAAGUGCAGCAGCAAGAUAUUCUCUUUGAGGAGGAAACGGCAGAGCAGGACCUCGCCAGAUGUGAGGAGGAAGCUCGGUCUGUGGUGGAGAGGGGUGUGAUGAGACGAUGGGCCGAGAAGGAUAAUCAGGUUUGA